AUGGUCAAGUUCAUCAAGGCUGGUAAAGUUGUCGUUAUUUUGCAAGGUCGUUAUGCCGGCAAGAAGGCCGUCGUCGUCCGUAACCACGAUGAAGGAACCAAGGAUAGACCCUAUGGUUAUGCCGUCGUCGCUGGUGUCGAACGUUCUCCUCUCAAGGUCACCAAGGCCAUGGGUAAGAAGAAGACUGCCAAGCGUUCCAAGGUCAAGCCUUUCGUUAAGAUUGUUAACUACAACCACAUGAUGCCUACUCGUUACGGUUUGGAAUUAGAACAAAUCAAGGGUACUGUCUCUGCUGAUACUUUCAAGGAGCCCACUCAACGUGAAGAUUCCAAGAAGGUCAUCAAGAAGCUUUUCGAAGAACGCUAUCAAACUGGUAAGAACAAGUGGUUCUUCAGCAAGCUUAGAUUCUAA